CCGCUCACAGGGCUCAGUCUGUCAGCCACGGCCCGGCCGUGAGGGGGAACCCCCCCCGCGCCUCCACCCGCACAGCUUCGCCUGGCGCAUGCCCGAUCCAGGAACUCCAUUGCCGCGGGGGCGGCGGGGAGAGGCCAGCAGACUACAACUCCCAGCGUGCAGUGCGACGGGCACGCCGCGGGGGGGCGGGGAAAGCGCGGCGGUCUCACGAAAGCGAGGCGAGGAGGAAUCCCACAAUACCAGGCGGGCUGUGCGGGCUCGCCGCCGCCGUCGCCUCUCUAACGCCCGCGGAAGCGAUGCGGAGGGGCGGAAAAUGGCAGAGCUGCAGAUGCUGCUAGAGGAGGAAAUCCCUUCAGGCAAGCGGGCUCUGCUCGAGAGCUACCAGAACCUCACCCGGGUGGCCGACUACUGCGAGAGCAACUACAUCCAGGCUCCUGAUAAAAGGAAAGCAUUAGAAGAGACCAAAGCAUAUACAACCCAGUCUCUUGCCAGUGUUGCUUAUCAGAUCAAUGCACUGGCCAACAAUGUACUCCAACUGCUGGACAUUCAAGCGUCCCAGCUGCGGAGAAUGGAGUCCUCCAUCAACCAUAUCUCCCAGACUGUGGACAUCCAUAAAGAGAAAGUGGCUCGCAGAGAGAUAGGUAUUUUGACAACCAAUAAGAACACAUCAAGAACUCAUAAAAUUAUAGCGCCAGCCAACAUGGAGCGUCCUGUAAGGUACAUUCGAAAACCUAUUGACUAUACCGUGCUGGAUGAUGUCGGCCAUGGAGUAAAGUGGCUAAAAGCCAAGCAUGGAAAUAACCAGCCUGCAAGAACUGGCACCUUGUCAAGAACAAAUCCACCUACACAAAAACCACCAAGUCCUCCUAUGUCAGGCCGGGGAACUCUGGGACGAAAUACUCCUUACAAAACCCUGGAGCCAGUUAAACCUCCAACUGUUCCUAAUGAUUACAUGACCAGUCCUGCCAGACUUGGAAGUCAACACAGUCCAGGAAGAACAGCUUCCUUAAACCAGAGACCAAGAACACACAGUGGUAGUAGUGGAGGAAGUGGCAGUCGAGAGAACAGUGGAAGCAGCAGUAUUGGCAUUCCCAUUGCCGUGCCUACACCUUCACCACCAACUGUUGGGCCAGCUGCUCCUGGUUCAGCUCCUGGUUCCCAGUAUGGCACAAUGACCAGGCAAAUUUCACGACACAACUCUACCACUUCUUCAGCAUCUUCUAGUGGAUACAGACGGAAUCCCUCUGUGACUGCCCCAUUUUCUGCUCAACCUCAUGUUAAUGGCGGGCCUCUCUAUUCUCAAAACUCAAUUGCGGAUAGUCCAACUCCUCCACCACCACCACCUCCAGAUGAGAUGCCUAUGUUUGAUGAUUCUCCUCCUCCUCCCCCACCUCCCCCUGUGGAUUAUGAGGAUGAGGAAGCUGCAGUAGUGCAGUACAGUGAUCCGUAUGCAGAUGGAGACCCUGCUUGGGCCCCUAAAAACUAUAUUGAGAAAGUUGUUGCUAUAUAUGACUACACAAAGGAUAAGGAUGAUGAGCUGUCAUUUAUGGAAGGUGCAAUCAUUUAUGUGAUAAAGAAGAAUGAUGAUGGGUGGUAUGAAGGAGUUUGCAAUCGAGUGACUGGCCUGUUCCCUGGGAAUUAUGUUGAAUCAAUCAUGCACUAUGCUGAUUAGAAUCUUUGCUUUUUAAGUUGGGUCUUGUAUUCAAUCAUACCAUGAUUAUUUACAAGAGGGAACUAAAGGUUAACAAUUGUCUUAAUACACUUUAAAAAAAAAUGUGCCCAUCUUUUCAGGCUAUACUGUUUUAAUGGUAUGAUUGAAGAAUGUCCAUCUCCAUAAGCAUAAAUCUUUGGAGACAGGUUUGUCUUACCUGAUAGCGAUUUGUAAAACAAGCAACUGUCUUCUUACUGGUUAUGCUUAUUUACUUACGCAUUGUUAAUUUUAUGACCAGCCUAAAUAUUCUUGGGAAGUAGGGUAUAAUAUUUAAUGAACCAUGAUUCAGAUUGUGCCAUUACAUUUUUCAGUGCAGCAUGGUAACUAACAUUAAGUUAGACUAACAUUAAAAUCUGGGUGAAAAGUUUAAUGUCAGUGCUGGUCAUAUUACUUUUUGUUAGACUCUUGCUCAUUCUUGAACUAUAAUUGUUUAAAGCAUGCAUACGAACUUAUGUAUUGAAAUAUACUUUUUUAAAAAUCCAAGAUGCUUCCAAUUUGUUGUAAACUUUACCUGGAGUACUCACUAAAAUCUAUUAUAAUGAAUUGCUUGAGUCUCUAAGGUGUCCAUGUGAAUCAAAAAUGGGUGGUCUUAUGUAUGUGUAAUUUGUACCAAGUUUUUUUAAUGAGUAAAUUUGCAUUACAACUUUUCCAUUCAUAAAUAUAUAAGUGGAACCAAAGGUCUUGUCCAUUACUUUGUCAGCACUUCUAAUUGCUUGGCCAAAUCAGUCAAUUUAUGAUUGUGUUAUCACUAGCAAUGUACUAAACUAAGUACAAGUGUUGUAGCCUUAUUUUUAACAUUGACAUUAGUGGGCAAAUAUAUAAAACCUGAAAAUUAUCCACUUACCACAAACUUCUUUCAAAAUUAACUUGUGUAAAGGGUUCGAGUACUGCUAAAAUUAAGUACUUGAAAAAGGAUUCUCAACUGAGUGUUGAACUCACUGUAAUUUAAUAAUUUAUUUCAGUUUUCCUGCAACUGACAUUACUAAAUACAAACUGUGUGCUGGACCAACAGGAGAAAUUUUGUAUGUUUGAAGCUGAUAAUACACCAAAUAAGCGUCAGAGCUAGCAGUCAUACAGAAAGAGGGGACAGACAUUCACAGCCUGUUUAUUAUUGGAAAAUGACAAAUGCAUUUUGCCUCUCCACGGCAUUAUGGGAAUUUGGGCAAAAAGUCAGAUGGGAUGUUCACCUCAGUUUAUACAAAACUGUAAUGCUUGGCUUAUCUGAAGUAGAGUAUGCAGUAAAGAUUUGUUUUGGACUUCAAAGUGCUAAAAGACUAGCAGCUGGAAGCUUGAUUGGUUGCUGCAUUUUUUUUCUAGUGUAAAAUUAGAAAUAUUGAAACUUCCCCACCUUCCUCCCUAAAAUCAUUGUAACUUCCAAAUGCUUUCUGCUUUAACUGUUAAUCUCACCUUCUGAAAAAUUAGCAACCGAUAAUUUACCUGUAUUUUCUUUAUAAAUUGGAAAGUCUUCACUUAAUUUGUAUAUAACUUGUUAAAGUUUAUGUACAGUCUUUUAUAAUAAACCAUUCUCCUAUGUAA